AUGCUCCUAGGUGGAGCGGCAGGAUCGCAUGUCACCAGACGUAAAAGACAGACCUUUGGUACAGACGAUGACAAGCCUGCCACUUUAUAUGAAAAAAUCGAUGCUUUAAUCCUGAUGAUCAAAGCCGGCAUCAUCGCCGAAGAUGCCUUUGAGAGCUCCCUCAAUAAGAUCAUGAAAGACGAAACAAGCGCCAAACCUCCAGCGCAGGUUCCACAGGCGCAGCAGGUUGAAAAGAACAAAAAACACCAGAGUUGGACAGAAAGUUCACAAACUACAGCAAAACAGUGGGAUGGACAGUGGGAGGAUCAAAAAGCACCUCCCAAAGACAAAGCGGCACAGGUGCAGUGGGAACCUCAGAAACACAGAAAGGUCACUUCUGAUACAGCUGCUGCCGACCAAAAGCGCACCAACGCAGCCCAGAUCAGAGGUUUCGUGACCAGUGAAUGGACAGUUGCUCCCAUUGUCAGCACCUUUGAAGCUUGCCAGACAGCCAUACGCAACGGCCAAGCAUCUCCCGGCAACCUCAUUGAAGUCGAUUGGCAGCAGUAUGAGGAUAUCAAGGACAUGCUGAGCGCCUUUGAGAUAAAAACUCCUGUCACUUUGCUGUGGCGAGGACGAUAUAUCACUUCUGAUACCCAGAAAACAGCCUGGGUGAGAGCAAAGACUUCGGAAAAAGGCCAUUUCACACCAACACAGAUCACCUGUGAAACGUGGAAUGAAGGGCCAAUGCCAAAACCGCCAACACAGGCGGCAAUUGCCACGAGUGACAUCUCAACCAAAGUCACCGUCAGAAUCACUGCACCAGAAUGUUAUCGUGCAAUCCAUUUUUCCGACAACAAAGGAGACAAUCCAAGCAAGCUGAUCGCUUGCAUCCACCAGUGGCAGCUGGGAAUCACUCCUAGCCAGCUCACUGGUGGCAGCUGGGUCCGACAAUGGACAAAAAAGGGCAUCCAACUCGUUGGGCAUCUCCGUCUCAAAGAAGCCCAUGCAAAUCUUCUGCUUGAAAACAGCGGUCGACAUGCCAUUUUCUUUACCAAGACAGGAGAUAGAACCAACCAGAAAAAAGUUUCGUGGUUCACACGUGAAAAGCAAGAAUCGGAUGAAACAUAUUUCAGACGAGCUCAACAGCAAGCCUCCAAGAAAGCCAUCCGCUUCAGAGCCGGUGGUGGCAAUGACUUAGGGGUCGACCAAGACUCCGAGGCCGACGCACCAGUGCGCCGCCAUUGGAAACUUCAAGGCGCCCCAAGCACAUGGGACGAAGCCGAUCUUUGCUCAUUUCUCGAAAAGCAGAAAUGGACCGAAGUUCGCAUUGCUCAUCGCAGAAAAGCGGGAAAGCACAAAGCCACUUGGUUCUUGACCGCUCAUUCGCCAGACAAAAGCGACGACAUGAUCAUUUAUGAAGACUCCCAAUAUACCAUGUUGAUCAAUACUUGUGCCGCACCAAGGCGCAGUACAGCCAAAGCCUGGGAAUACAUCCCAGCGCCCAAGAAACAAUGGGGAAAGAAUGGAAAACCUCCAGAAGACAAGGACGGAAAACCAGAUGAAACUCAGUCCGAACAGAGAACAAAGAAGCAAAAAGUCGCAGAAGUUCCGCAAUCUACCUUCUCUCCUGCUACAGAGGCUGUAGAAGUGGCCGCUACAGCACUUGACGUAGAUGAAGAGGAGACACAGAAAGAUAAGAAACGAGAAGCUCCCGGUGAAACUGAUCUUGCAUAUGAUACAGCCAAAGGCAGUUUCCCAGAAAAUGUUCAACAAGCAAAACUCCAUGGAUGGAGUGAAAAAGAUGCUGGUGGUGAUGGCGACUGUUUUUUCAAAGCUUUUGUCACCAGUGACGCAUAUGCGGUCAAACACAUCAAAACUCACAGAGCCGAGUACGAAUCGUACUACGCACACGACUUUGUUGAGAAGCAAUACCAGCGAGCAGGACUCCCACCUCCAAAGAACUUUCAAGACUUUUUGGACCAAGCGUCACAACGCACAUAUUGGGCCAAUCAUUUCUUGAUCCAAGCCGUUGCGAGCCGAACUGGCAUUCCGAUAGUGAUUUGGUCUCUCGAAGAAAGGCAAUCACCUGACGGAAAGGAACCAGUGAAGACAUGGUUCCGCAGUGUUUACGGUCCCAAGAUCAUCGAUGGCUUCGCAGUCGCAAAGAUCGAACACCCAGGUGUAGUGUUGGUCCUUCGAAAUCGACACUACAAAGCAUUGCUGCCACCAAAAGAUAACAAAGCCAUACCUGGACCAUGGCUGCGUGAAAGUCACGACGAAUUUCCGUGCAUUGGAGGAGCAGACCAGUCUCUAUCCACUCCCAAUGCGAAACGCAAACAUAGUGAUUGUGCCAGCACCCCUCGAUGGGGCCAAAAAACUCCGGCCUCAUCACCACGAUGGGGCCUUGCAACACCAUACUCUCGAACCAGCAACAGGUGGGGUCAGCAAACUCCAGCCUCGCAAUCCAGUGCCAGACCAAAGAUGCAGGAAAAAUCGACGCAAAAACAACCCGCUGAAUCCCUAUCAGACAUGCCUCCACCAAAAGGUCUUGACUGGACCUGCCCUCACUGUACCUUGGUGAUUUCAGCUGAACACAAACGACAGCUUGUGUGGCGCCGAAGCAACCACAUGAAUCUCCGGCACAGCAGCAUUCCAGCUGCCCAAAGAGCCACCAUCAGAAAGAAGGUUGAAGCAGUUGAAACCACAUGGCUGCCAGAAGCCGAAAGGGACUGGACAUGUCCUUUCUGUCCAGACAGCAAACACGCCUUUUUGCCAAAGCUUCAUAAGGCUCUACGUGACAAGUCAGUAUUGCACCACUACAGAACGGUGCAUAAGAAAAGAAAUGUCACACGCAAAAAGAUUGGAGAAGCUUAUGCCAAAAAGCAUAAAAACUCACCUUUGCCACAAUUCGUGAAAGGAUACCAAAAGAGAUCCGCCAACGUGAAGGCCAAGCUCCACGCCUCACGAGAUAUGACCAUCGGUGGUCACAAACUCGUUCCCAUCACUUUUGAUGCAGCCACUUGGCCUGUGAUUUUCAACAACCCCCAUGACAGCACAAAGACUGCGCAUCGGGAAAAGGUGCUCGCACUGCAAGAAGCAAGCUUGACAAUCAAAGAAUUCGCAGCCGUUGAAACGCGACUCCAUAACCUGGGUUAUGCCGCAUAUUAUGUCCCGGGUGCCGUCACUAAGACGGUCACGGGGUCACCUGCAGAAUCCUUGAACGACAAACCCACGCGAUGGCAAGGUCGCAAAACAAUCGAUCAUGUCUAUUGCAACAACUGGGCCCAGGCCAGUGAUGUGGACCUUCUGACCAGUAAGCUUAGCGAUCACAUACCCAUGCAGAUCUCGCUUCAACACGAAUGGUCUUCAGAAGCAACACGCACCAUCUUCGAAAGCCAAGCCCUUUGGCAAAAGCCAGCACCCGCUGAUAGCACCGCCUGGCAGACUUUGCUACAAGAUAUCUGGAGAAAAAAAUUCCCAGACAGCAGCCUCAAGCACCACAUCAACCAACCAGAAAUUGAUGUGGAUUUUGAAUGGAAACAUUUUGUUGAAUUUCUAGACAGCCUCUUCCACGAGGCGUACCAAAAUUUCGAACCUGAGACAGAAACACAUUUACGAAAAAGAUCCGAAAUCACACUGAAAAGAAUUCCAGUCCGCAGACGCUCCUGCCUCUUCUCGAUGGCCAGUCGGAAAAGAUGCAACUUUGUGGGCAGAGCCACAACAUUUCUUCGGAAAUCCGAACAAAACCCAAACUUUCUCGCCACACAGGAGGGCGAUGCUUUGGCCCGCAAACUUGGAUCCAGUGAUUUGACAUAUCUCCGAGAUCGCAUCACUGAAAUCCAACAAAUCGAAGAACAGACCCGCCAUGAUGCACAUUUGCGACGUAUCAAUGCAUGGCGAUCAAAAAUGAAAAGUAAUGAACAAAAUCGAAAUGAGUGGAUCAAACGACCCGCUCAAGUCGCUCGACCGUUUGUCACCACAGACGGCAGCCGUUUGCAUAGCAAAUCAGAAGUUUGCUCAGCAGUCAAAACUCAUUGGACUUCCGUUUGGAAUAAGGCUAAAAGCCUGAGCCCACUCAGUGGGGAAGAGCAGUGGUCCUUGUUGCAAAACCAUCUGCCUGCAGAACCGCAACUUGUGGUGACUGAAAGGCCACCAGUUCAAUCGGUCAUUGAACUAGCCAGUCACAUGCAAGGCGCAGCAGGUGCCGAUAAGUGGUUCUCGCAGGAAUUGAAGCAUUUGCCAUUUGAAACUUGGAUAACUUUUUGGGACAUCACGGCCCGUUGGGAGGCCGCGGGCACGGCCCCAAAAAUCCUGAAAGCUAUCCGUCAGAUAAAUUUACCGAAACCUGGUAAGGCAGUCAAUAAUGAAAUCCCCAUUUCACAACUUCGACCCAUCAGCAUUUACUCAUGUUUCUGGCGCCUGUACACCAGUGCAUGGGCACGAUCCACAGUGCUGCGAAGCUGGCGACAAGCCACUUUGGACACAGCAAUAGGAGGGGGUGCGGGCCAGCCCGGCUGCGAAGAUCUCGCAGCUGAUGCCCUGGAUGAUUUUCACGAACAUGGUUUCAGUGGAUGCCUCGACUACAGCUUGUGCUUUGACUGCGUGGACCCAAGAUUGGCCACCCGUGUCAUGCAGUCUUGGAUCUCCUCAACUCCGGAAAAGUGUUUGGCCAUCAUGACGGCCUGGCAGAACUGGUCCGGGCAAAUUGGCUUAAUUGAAAACCACCAAAAAACCCAGAUCUCAGCAGUUCAUCCCAAAAAUUUCGAGACUUUGCAGCAACAAAGUCCUGAUCCAACAAUUGUGGUUGAGCAUCUCAAUCUUUUGGGCACCACCAUGGUCUCCAAACGAAAACGGAAAAACUCAGCUAAAGAAGCACAGCGAUUGGCCACAGCAAUCCAUCGUGCACGCAGAAUCGGUUUCUUGCCUCUGACCCGAUCAGACAAGUACAAGGCCAUCCGUAGCUUGGCACGACCCUGUGCCACUUACGGCUGGAUUGGCCGCAAGCCUCCAAAAGCGGACAUGGAAGCUUUCGAUCAAGUCACAUGGCGAGCUUGCCAUGAACCUACGUGGGCUGGACACUGGCAUAAGAAACUUUUGCUGGGUCCCACCCUCGCUGCUCAGAUGGGUAUUCACCAGGUACUUCGAAUGUUACGUCGUGCAGGCCGACGUUCGAGUCAGCCACAAGACUUUUUGCCUUCCGAAAGGGUUGCCAUUGACUGGUUGGUUGAACAUGACUGGUGUGUUUUGCCAGGUCGCCGUUUUGGCCAUCGCACACUGCAGUAUGUCAUCAGCCCUUUGAAACCUGAAGCAACUUCGGGUGAGAUUGCACACCAGCUGCGCGAAAGCUGGCGCAGCCACACUUGGGAUCAGUUUGUUUCCAGCGAAAGAAGACAUGAAGCUGAAAACUAUCGAAACAUCGAAUACAAUAGUUAUCGUUUCGAAGCAGUUCGAAAAGCCAUUUAUGAAGCCAAAGGGCCAGCUAGAUGGCUCAUGCUCGGGGCAGUGAUCAGCCCCUUGGAUUACUCUAAGCGUGUCCAGUCUGAGGACGCAGCCUUGUGUGCCGACUGCGGCGCUGAGUCCAAUUGGGAGCAUGCUUUUUGGACAUGUCAGCAUCGGACCUGCACCUUCGAUCGCCCAGGCGAUGAGUUGCAGGCCAGAUAUGGAUGGCCAAGUUUACAUGAACAUGAUGCUGCCAUCCUAGAGGCCAUGGCCCAGCAAACAGUGCGCAUUUGGGAUGCACGACCUCGGGACCUGAACUUCCGGGGCCUGAUUGAUUCCUACUUGCGCCCGGAGUCCUACUUGGGUGACCUUGGUGUGGAUGAGAGCCUGAUGUCCGAGGAGUUCUGGCACACUCUGAGGGAGGCACGAAUUGUCGAAGUUCGUGAAGAGAUUGACCGGGUGCUCAGCCAAACAGCAGACAACUCCCACAAGGCAGACAGCAUCCCUCGUCUUCUGCAAGACAAGAACACAGAUCCUCAGCUGAAAACCAAACUGCAGCGUCUCGAGACUCAGAAGCGAGCAGCUUUGGAUUCCGAGGACUACGCCAAAGCUAUGGAUGUGAAGAAGGAGAUUGAGAGGAUCCUGGCUGACCAGGCUCAUGCGCACUUGCACGACGUGCCGCUGGACAUUCCCAACGUCAGCGGCGGAAUCCCUUUGUCGGAGGUGGCACGACACAACAAGCCACAUGACUGCUGGAUUGCCAUCAACAAGACCGUGUAUGACCUGACCGAUUUUUUGCUUCAUCAUCCUGAACAGCGCAAUUCCAUCCUUGCUUGGGCGGGCAGAGAUGCAAGUCCUAUGUAUGACAAGAUCCCAGGUCGCUUUCCCAGCAAGCAGUGGAUGGAUUUCUUCAUGCGCUCGGAAUGGAAGAUGGGCGAUGUUGGCACCGAGCCACCAAAGGAUCCUGCGAUGGAACAGCUGAAGCAACUUCACGAUGAGUUGCGUAGGCUUGAGGGUCCAUCCAAGGAGGACAUCGAGGCUGCCAAGACUGCUGUGAAGGUGCCAGGCAAGACCGAUGCACCGACACUGUCCGAGGAGUCACGUUUCCCCAAGUUGGCGGAGAUCUCUGCCGGAAAGGAGCUGCCUUUCUUCACUCGUGCAGAAGUGGCCAAGCACACCACAGCCGACGAGCCCUACAUGAUCAUUCACAACCGUGUCUACAAUCUGAAGCCUUUGAUCGGAAGUCAUCCAGGAGGUGAUGACAUUCUGUUGACCAAGGCAGGUACCGAUGCCACCAAGGACUUUGAAGUCUUCGAGCACUCAGAGAAAGCACGUGUUCAACGUGAUCGGGACAUGUUGGUUGGUCAGUUGGUGCCGGGUGAGAACACGGAUUGGUCUGCUGAAGCCACAGUAGCCCAAGUUGUGGGCGAGGAGAUAUCUGAAGUGGGCCGAUACAUGAAGUACAAAGUCACCGACGUGGCCGUUGCAGCAGUGGGAUGGUACAUCUACAAGACCUUGCAGAACACCAAGCCCCUGUCACAGUUCACCUACAGCCGAGCCUUGCGCCAUUUGCAUCUCAUCAUGGCCGUUGGUAUCUUCGGUGCUGUUGGAACUGCUCAGGCGGCCUCAUACUCUGAAGGACAGACCCGCAAGCAGAUGCUGUGGUGGCACAAGCAGACUGGUCUUGCCAUGCUCUUUGCUUUGGUGGUUCGUUUCUUCCUCCGAAUGAAGAGCGGAAUUCCGCCACGAUUCCCUGGACAUCCCAUGAUCCAGAUGUUGGAGACUCAGAGUCUUCGUGCCUUCUAUGUGCUUGCUCUUCUCUUGCCAGUGUCUGGCAUUGCCAACGAGUACUUCUUGAAGUGGGCACCAGGUUCGGACAAGACUGGCAAUGCAGAGGAUGACAAGAGGAACGACCGAUUGGCCAAGCAGUCCAUUGAUGCGCACAAGUUGCUGGGCAAAGUCCUUCAAUGCGCGUGGCUGCCAUUCCAUCUUGGCUACACCACCUUCUACCACUGGACCCAGGGACGCGGUGUCGUCAGGAAGGUGUCUCCCUUUAUUUGAAUACCUCCUUUGUCUUUGCCACACAGAGCUGAGGCAGACUAGAAGUGCAUCUUUUGAUCUCUUGUGCAAAGCCUUUUUUGAAUCAACGUGUACAACUCAACUUACCAAAAAGUUGCUUUAGUUCCUGGUAGGUUGCUGGAUCUUCCACUGAAACUCAGGGGUGCCAGAAGAUAGCAAAGAUCUCUCGGGAGUGUUACC